AAAAGAAAAUUGUCAGAUUGGAAUGCCAAAUAUGUCACUAGAUAUAUUAAAAGUUAUGCUUGGUCAAGAUUGUAAACAUGAAUACAUAUUUGAAGGUUGCAAACUCGGACACGCCUUUGAAGAUAAUCCAGUAAAUGUUUGUUCAUGUAUUAAAGUUGAUUUGAAUGACUCUGAACAUAUACCAGAAGAUACGUUAUCGUACCUGACACAAUUUGCUUCAGAACGUUCUCAUAUUUUGUCAAAAUACGACCUUGAUUCUUCGCCAUCAACCAUUCACAAGACAUUAUGCAUCGAGCUCAUAACCGAGCGUGAAUUCUUUAACACACUCUUAAAAGAAAUAUCACAAUCAAAUUAUCUUCAAAAGCAAAAUAAAGAAAAUUUUCUUACUGAUCUUCAAAACUUUCAAAAAUCAUUAAUUCAAGUGUCAUCACCUUAUAAAAAAGAUAUUUAUAUCUGGCGUCAAAUAUUUCAAAUUUAUAUAAAGGCAGAGAUUUUUAUUGGAAAUACUGAACUAGAUCGAAAAGAAAGAGAUUGGAGAAUUGCUCAAAAACAAUUAUUCUG